AUGGCCUCCUUAUCUUUCCUCUCCCCUCCUUCCUCCUCCUCCUCCUCCUCCCUUUCCUCCCUCCACCACACCACCCCUUCCUCCUCCCGCCUUUUUCUACGGACCCCUUCACUUAACCUCCGCACCCCCACCAAAAUCUCCUCCAUCAAAGCCCAAUCUGCCCCAGUCCUCACCCAAGACGACCUUAAAAAAGUCGCUGCCGAAAAAGCCGUCGAGUAUGUCAAAUCCGGCAUGGUCCUCGGCCUUGGCACCGGCUCCACCGCCGCCUUUGUGGUAGCCAAACUCGGCGAGCUCUUAAAAACCGGCGAACUGACUGAUAUCGUUGGCGUCCCAACUUCAAAACGCACGGAAGAGCAAGCUCGUUCUCUUAACAUUCCUCUUUCAAUCCUCGAUGACCAUCCUGACAUUGAUCUUGCCAUCGAUGGGGCUGAUGAGGUAGACCCGCUACUUAAUUUAGUGAAGGGUCGCGGUGGAGCCCUUUUAAGAGAGAAAAUGGUUGAAGCUGCAUCAGAUAAGUUUGUUGUUGUUGCUGAUGAGACUAAGCUUGUUGAUGGUCUUGGUGGAAGUAAACUGGCAAUGCCAGUUGAAGUAGUGCAAUUUUGUUGGAAGUAUAAUUUGGUGAGGUUACAAGAGUUGUUUAAAGAGGAAGGAGUUGAGGCUAAAUUGAGAGUUGGUGAAGAUGGGAAGCCAUAUGUGACUGAUAAUUUUAAUUAUAUUGUCGAUUUGUAUUUUGAGAAUCCGAUUAAAGAUGGGUAUGCGGCAGGGAAGGAGAUUUCGGGUCUUGAAGGUGUAGUGGAACAUGGGUUGUUUUUGGAUAUGGCGACAGCGGUUAUUAUUGCUGGGAAGAAAGGAGUUGAGGUUAAAAGCAAGUGA